AUGACCACCGCAUACCAAACCCUGCAAGAUCCCUUGGUGGUCAAUGGGAUUCAACAACUUUUCACAUGGAUCCUCCUGGUAGCAACGCCUAAUCGAUCAUGGCUCCGUUCCGUGAACGUGAGCGCUCUGACAGCGUGGAUGCUCUGGGUCUACAGCCCAGAGAAUCUCUUCUCUGGCGCGGACUACAAUGAGAAUGUCCUCUAUCGAGUACUACAAGGCUGUGUGCCUUUACCACUGGUCAUGCGAACAGCUGCUGCGUUAUUCCCGCCUGACGGUCCUAGCAGCGGCUAUUUAGACAUGAUCACGGCUGCACGGUUGACCAUCGACCCGCGGGCAGUCAGUACGGCGUGGCAGUUUCGGACGUGGACGAGUCAGAGAGCGUUUCCAGCUAAUCCUCGGGAGCUGGGGCCAUUGGAUCUGCAGCCAGGGCCGUGGGCGACGUCGGCAGCGUCGAUGCUGGUGAUUGCGCUGAUCGGGCGGCUGGGAUUUGAUAUAUCGUACCGGCUUGUGUCGGUUGUUUAUGCUGGGAUGGGUGUCCCGACGGAGAAUUUUCCGCCAUUGUUUGGGGAUUUCUGGGAUUUGUAUAGUUUGCGGAAUCUUUGGGGGACUUGCUGGCAUCAAUUCAUGCGACUGCCAUUUACAGCGACUAGUAAUGCGAUCACUCGCCAUGUCCUCCACCUUCCUCGCUCGUCCGUGCUGAGACGAUAUCUCACCAUCGUAAAUGUGUUUUUUCUUUCCGGUCUGAUGCACAUCCUUGGUGCCCUGUCAGCAAAUAUUCCCUUUUCGGGGGCAAUGCAUUUCUUUGGCUUAUCCGGCCUGGGCCUCUUGAUCGAAAUCACCAUUCAAGGUUUCUGGCAACACUUUGCUCUCCCACAACCGCAGGGGAUAUGGCGCAAGGUCGUUGGAUUUUUCUGGGUUGGCUUGUGCUUCAGUCUCAUUGCGCCGUGGUAUUCGCCAGAAUGGGAGUAUUUAUUCAGUGUGGGGGCCGAGUCUGCGUGGUUCCUGGGAGCGUUUACUGGUGCUUUUGGAGUACCGGUGUGGGUUUAUGGUGAAGAAGGCUUUCAAGACGAGUUUGUAGAAACAGAGGAAGCGCCCGUCCUCUCCUUCAAAGAGCGACUUGCCAAAUUUAAUCAGCCCUCAGAACCCCUGGCCCCUAGCGCCCGUCCACAACCCACCUCGCGCCCACCUCCAGUGCACAGCAAGACGGUCAAUAAUCCUCCGAGCAAUGUCAACGGCUCCGUCGCGGAUCGCUCAAUCGGCAAUCAGCCGGUCCCUCAAACUCCGAGAUUAAUUGUCGGUAAUAACUACGAGAAUGGCCAGAACGGUGUUAAUGGAAACGGUGUCAAGAAAGCAAAGCCUCCGCCCCCACCAUUGCCAUCACGGAGGCCGUCCACUCAACAGCUUCAACCUCAAGACCCAGCGCCCCCUAGUCUACCGUGCAGACCGUCAUCGUUACAGCGGGGAGUUUCUCGGGAUUCAGUUACCUCCAACACUUCAUGUCUGUCUGCCGUUUCGGAGAGAACGGCUCCUCCCUUGCCCUCGAGACGGGGGACGAGUCCUAGGCCACCGCCGCCACCUCCGCGGCCAGUGUCUCAGUCGAACGGAACUACGAAUGGAAACGAGGGCCAAAAACCACAAUUACCCCACCGACCAGCAUCGAAUGCCAGUACCUUGAGCAACGGUAGUCGUUCUCCGGCCCCCGCGCUGCCUCCCCGACUUCCUCCGCGGACACCUACGAGAGAACAGGAACCGGCGACGCAGCAACAGAAUAGAGAGGCUAGACCUCCGACAAGAAGACUUCCGCCCCCACCUAGACCGGUUGAUCCCCGCCUGCUUGGAUUUGGGGGGUCGAAGAAGAGUAAUAGUGACGGUGCAAACGGUCGUUCGACUGCCCAGGAUCAUCCUUCUCCGAACGGGAUUCCACCACUGGUGCCGCGGGAUUCUCGUCCUGAUCUCUCCAAAAUCGAAGCAUCGAAACCUCGUAUGAAUGCUUCGUCUUCAUCUGCCGUGACUCAGACUACGACUUGCUUGAAAUGCCGUGACUUCUCUGCUCCAGACGAGCAUGCGGCGCAAUUUCCACGUCAAUCGCUGCCAACGCAGGACCUCUCUUGGCUGGCGAAUGCCCUGACCGCACCAUUUCCAUCGCUAACGGACAAGGCCCGGACAAUCUUCACUUGGAUGCAUCACAACGUUGAAUACGAUGUCUACGCACUCUACAACAACUGCUUGAAGCCGUCUACGCCACAAAGCACCCUAGCCACAGGCCUCGCCGUAUGUGAAGGCUACGCCGGACUCUUCGCGGCCCUAGCAACCCACGCUGGUCUCGAGGCCAUUGUCGUUGGUGGUCACGGCAAGGGAACCGGUUACACUGACCCAGCCCCAGGCUCUGCCCUCCCGCCUUACAACCCAGGGGGCCACGCCUGGAACGCCGUCCGCAUUGACAAUGGACACUGGAAACUCAUCGACGCGUGCUGGGGUGCUGGUGCCGUCAACGGCAACGGCCAACCCUACAUCAAGGUCUUUUCGCCGUCACACUUCACCAAAACAAACGACGAGUUCGGCCAAUCCCACUACCCAAGCAACCGCGACCACUUCUUCCGCGACGACGGCCGCCCCUCCAUCUCCUGGGAAGAAUACCUUCUCCACGUCCCCAAACAUCCCUUCAUUUUCACAGACGCCCACAAACAUAACCUAGACCCCUCCUCUUUCUACCCAGCAACCAACCAGAUCUCCAUCAACAGCACCCCUGGUCCCCUCCGCGUUCAAUUCAACCUCAUCUGCCCUCACUGGACCUUCGAGCACCACUCCAAGGCACUUCCAGGCCUCUUCCUCCUCGAAACCCACGGAAUCGACGGCCGCAAAGAAGAACGUCUCCCGUUCAACCACGUACGCGGCUCAACGCCCGGUGGUGGCGGAGACGUCUGGUACAUUGAUAUCCCCGAUGCGCAGAUGUUAGGGGCUUCUGGGCAGAAGCUGCAGAUUGCCGUGUUGACGAGCUUUGGAGAUCGGAAGGAUGCGCGCGGUGUCACAGCGGAGGAGUUCAGGGCUUUGACUGGGAGGGUGGGGAUGGCGUGGGCAUAUGUUUGUCAGUGGGAUUUGGUAUAA